AUGCUCUCAUGUUUCCUUACAAUUCUAACCGCCACCACCCUACUCUCUUUCACAAAAUCUGAGCCCUUUGAGCCCAGUCCACCGCCACCCAUGCAUCAAGACCACGUUAUAAUAGGCUACUACCAGUUCUCCCAUGCACAAUACCAAAGACUAGAAAACGUGGCUUGGGGUCGUUACACCCAUAUGGUGUUCCAUGGAGCUUGGCCGAUUGACCAAUUCGAAUUUACCUUCGGGUCUGAUGAUCAGAAUCAACAGGCAAUUCAAUACAUGCAACCAUUUGUUCAAUAUGCGGAUCAGAACAAUGUAAGGCCUCUUUUGGGCAUGGGGGGAGAGCAAGGUUCAAAGCUCUUUUCGUACUAUUUGAGUGACGCCAACAGGCGAAGCACUUUUGUUCAAAAUCUUGUCUCCCUAGCGCAAACCUACAACUUCCAGGGUGUGGUAGUCACUUGGCUAGCUCCAAACACUCCCGGUGUGGGCUGUAACACUCGAUCGCCAAGUGACACAGUCAAUUUUGGUCAUUUCGCUCAAGAAUUCAAAAAAGUAUGGAAGCAAGGCCGUCUGAUUAUCAGGGCGAACUUUAACGGCUUCAUUGGAGCAACAGGCAAUUAUGCAACAUCCGAAGAAACCAGCCUGAUUGCUCAAAAUGUAGAUUACAUUGACCUCAUGGCAUUCGAUGGCUAUACUGGAAACAGAGGGGCAAGAACAGGUCCAUUUUCAGCCCUCACUGCCGAUUGUCCCAAAAUACCUUACCUUUCCAACGGGAUAAAGGAAUUACUUCAGAUUAUGCAGUUUCAAGGGUUCUCGGUCAAUAAACUCAUCCUUGGAUUUACUGGUUAUGGUCGCGUGUUCUACUUACCUAAACAUUUCAACAUGAAAACUGAUAUCUCUCAGGUGGCUUAUGGUGCUGCGCCGCCGGGAGGAUGGACAGACAAUCUCAACGGAACUUUGGACGCCUGCGGUCAAUAUCGUGGCUUCGAGGGCAUUUAUCUAUUAAAUGAAUUGUUGGAAUAUGGCUGGUUGGAAUCGGAUGGUGUUACAGCUACGCAACUUGUGACUAGGGGUUGGGACGAUUGCGCCAAACAGGCAUACCUCUACACCAAUGACUAUCUUUUAGUGUAUGAUGAUCCUGGGAGCUUGAAAAUUAAAUCUCAGUAUGCGAGGACCUCCGGACUGGCGGGAAUCUCGUUCUAUUACUCCAUGGGUUUUCCUAAUGGGUUCAUCCAGGCUGCAAUGGCUCCUUGGCCCCAAGUUUCUGAUAUCAAAGUAUAUUGA